AGGUUGUUGUGUACUCUUCACUUACUCUCGGAUUGAAACAGUCUCAUGCUCGCUUGGAGCAUGGAAAAUACAGAAAAUUAAGACGACUUAUAAGCUGACAUAUUUCAAACCCCCCUUAUUUAACAAGGAAACAUCAAUACUUGAGCAGACAUGUCAGAAGCCUGAUCGUGAUGUCCGAGCAGAGCGGUAUGUCAGAUGUUCCAGCAGAAAUUAAUGAUCUUUGUUUAUCAGUGCCAUUUGUAGUAGAGGAAUGGGAUGAGAAAGCUAACCUCUCCCCACAUCAUUUGUCUUACAUCAUCACCAUUCUUCUGCCCCAGCGACUGGUAACUUUAGAGCGAGACAUUGACAUAGAAUCACAGCUCAAAGCAUUUUGUGAAAAGAAACACAUAAAUAAUGCAAUACCCGUUGGCAGUUCAACAGAAGGCUUUAGUAUUCCUUAUUCUAUGUCGUAUGAAGUAGAUUCUCAUCUUGGCACUUAUGUUGAUGCAGAUGUACUGUUUGUUGAGAAUGAUUUCCAGAUAUCCACAAAUGAUCCAAUCCAAGAUGUGGAUAACCAAGCCAUAUUAGAAUCUGAUGAUGUUCAUCCAGGUUAUUGCAGAGUGAGGCUACUAAAGCACAGUGAGGAUCGAAAAGAUGUUGUGACUUGCAAUGAUAAAAAAUACCUGAGCGGACACCGAAUUCAGAACUCAGUUCUCAAGAAGAUGACCAGUGGAAGAUCUAGAGAUGACCAAACAUCCAUUGGUAUUCAUGGUCCAGCAGUGUCAGUUGAGUAUUCCACUGUCUUAAAUGCUGACAAUAUACAAACCUAUGGUGUUAGGAUUCCGCUUGACAUGGUUUAUGCAGUUCAGGUCAAGCAGUGGCCCCCAGAGGCAACUGAAUGGGUCCAAAGAGUGAAAAAAGGAAACUGGCUUGGAGAUGAUUUGAUUGAAUCCAUUGUGUCAGAGGGAUGCCAUGUUGUGCCAGUUGCACACAAGCACAGCCUCAAUCCAGACAUAGAAUGGAGAAUUUCUUUUGCAGUUACAGAAAAAAGAAUGGCAAGGAAUGCUGUAACUGAUGGUCAACGUCAAUGUUAUAUCUAUUUCAAAAUGCUGCGGCACCUUUGUCUCAAAGAUUUGGAGGUGAUUUCUUCAUACUGUUUGAAGACUGUGUUUUUCUAUGCUUGUGAGGUUGUUCCAAAGGCCCUCUGGGAGACUCAUACUGGACAGUGCUUGCUGUACCUGAUUGAUGGUUUGAUUUGUUGUGUUCAACAAAGAAACAUCCCAAGCUUUUUUGUACCAGGCAAUAAUCUCGUAGAUAAUGUGCCAGAGGAGAAAUGGAAAGAUGUGGAGUCAAGGCUCCUUGAAAUAAGGAAAGAUCCCAUAACACCAAUUUUGAAGUUUACAGACACAAAUGCUAUCAGCAAUACAGAGAUCCCCUUUGUUUUUCGAAAAAAUGUUGCAUUUGUUUUGGAAGACAUGGAAAAGUUCAAAGUCCACAGAGACAUUAGAAGUUCUGCAUUUGAUGCAUUUUUCACAACCACCUUUAGAAUGAGUCUGCUGUACUUAAACCAAGGUCAACCAAAAAGUGCUGUUCAGAUUUUGAUGGAUUCGUAUCCUAUGCUUAACCAUUUCCUUGGACCCAUGCCACUUGUUUACUUUCUAAAUGAAGCUGCAAUCCUGAUCCAAGAUGGCCGGCUUUACCUUCUUUUAUUUCAAGAGCUCCUUGGAAUGACUGACCAACAUCCUGAUUUUAAGCUGCUAGAGGGAAAUCUGGCUUGUGCAUACCAUGCAGCCUCUUACACCUAUCCUGAGGAAUCUUCAGAGAGAGCUGAAUAUCUCCAGAAGGCAGAAGAACUUAUUCUGGAAGAAUUGAAAUCUCAAGACCUUGGUUCUUGUGGAACUCAGGUCACAUUUGCCACCAUUCUGAUGUCACAGAAAAGAUACAAAGAAGCAAUACAAAUCCUUGAAACUGUUGUGAAUGUAGCCAGCAAAAGUGCUCAGGAAGAAAUUCAAAGUGAUGUGACAGAAUUUGGAUUCAGCGAACAAAAAGUGCUUGAUGAAGAUUUGCAAUUGGAAAUUUCAACUCAUAUGAAAAUAGAAGGGCCAUCCUUAAUCUUCACAUUUUAUUUUCUGGUCAGAUGUUUAGUACAAGAAGAUGAAGUUACAAAACUAAAGUCUAUUUUUGAAGAAUAUCAGAAGGUGUGUGACCUGUGUGAAGAUAUCACUGGAUAUAAACUUCUUGGUUAUAGCUUCUAUCAAGUAGGAGACAAGCACAAAGCAAAAGAAGCUUUCAUGUCUGCUUUGCAGAAAAUGCCAGGAAGCAAACUUCUGAUAUCAAACAUUAAAAAAUGUUCAGAUUUACCCUUGGACCCUGAGAGUGACUAACAUCUAAUUUCUUCUUCAACAUUACACCUGAAUCAAACAUUAAGGUCAGGAGAAUAGAGGAAAUGAUCACAUACUUAAGAAACUCUUGAUUGUUAAACAAAUUCUCCUUGUCAGCACUUACAAAAAUGUAUAGAGAACUGUAUAGAGAAUAUGCAUACUGAUGUUAGGGUGUGAAGGAUUGACAAAGUCUACCUCUGGUUGUUUACCUCACAAGAUAUGCAAUCAUGAAGGAUGACAAUUACAAUUAUGAUGACUAAGGAUUUAUUUACUAGUGUCUUUUUAAUGGUAUUAGUUAACCCUUAAACUCCCAGGGGUGAUUCACAAGUAACUUCUCCCUACAAUAUCCAUACAUUAUCCAGCAAACUUGUAAUGAGAGUACUCAAAUGUAUCAGGUAGAAGUUGUCAUCUUGAUCUAGAACCAAAUUCUUGCAACUUAUUUACAAGGAAAUGUGUAGCAGCUAAAGGGGAGAAUUAACAAUCAGAUCCUGGGAGUAAUAAAGGGUUAAGCACCAGACAUCUGACGAUUCUUUGACCGGCCACUACACCGAAUUCUUUAGCAACAUGUUUUAUUGGUACAUGAAAAAUCCCCCUCUUUUUCUCUAUACUAUCCAAGUAUUAUCCUGUCUAUUGCUUUAUUUCCUGAAAGAAACCCUCCCUUCGUAUUUCAAUAUAAGCACAGAUUCAUUAAAUUAAUUAUACAGAAUUGUCCAACAAAGCUUUGCAUCUUAAGAGUUUUACAUACCAUUAGUACAUCUUCCAAGGACUUUUGGAGGUGGAAGUAACACUGUAGCAAAUUUUGCAUUACUAGCAGCCUCAUGGUAUCGUAGAUGAAUUGGAAUGGUAAUGUUUGCACUUAUAAUACUCAC